CAACAGCUGCAGUGACUGCAGUAACACGCUCUCUUUUAGCGAUCACUGGUAACGGCGGUCAGUCCGAUCUCCGUCAGGCUAUGUACCACCAGCUGACGGAUCAAACAGUGAAUGGCAGCUGUCAGGGACCCACCUCAGCGUGCAAUAAGAGUGCAGAUGGAGACGCGCUCGAGCUUCCCACUUUCUCCACAGCAGCCAAAGUCAGAGUCAUCAUCACCUUCGCUCUGUGCGCGGUGUCGGCUGUGUGCAACUUGGCCGUGCUGUGGGCUGCCAGCAGCGGCGGCAGGCGCAAGUCACACGUCCGGAUCCUCAUCAUGAACCUCACGGUGGCCGACCUGCUGGUGACUUUCAUCGUGAUGCCGGUGGACGCGGUGUGGAACAUCACGGUGCAGUGGCAGGCGGGGGACGUCGCCUGCAGGCUGCUGAUGUUCAUGAAGCUGGUGGCGAUGUAUUCCUGCGCUUUUGUGACAGUGGUCAUUAGUUUGGAUAGACAGUCCGCCAUCCUCAAUCCGCUGGGAAUCAGUGAGGCCAAAAGGAAGAGCAAAGUCAUGUUGGCUGUGGCCUGGACCAUGAGUGUCAUCCUUUCACUCCCUCAGAUGUUUAUAUUUCGCAAUGUGACCAUCACGGUGCCAGAGAAGUUCACCCAGUGCACCACCCAUGGCAGUUUUGUCCAGCGCUGGCAGGAGACCCUUUACAACAUGUUCACGUUUGUGUGCCUCUUCCUUCUACCUUUGGCCAUCAUGAUCUUCUGCUACACACGAAUCCUCAUUGAGAUAUCCAGCCGCAUGGCUCGGAAUAACUUCCUGUCAAGAGAUGUUCAUCUACGCCGAUCCCACAAUAACAUCCCUAAAGCUCGGAUGAGAACUCUUAAAAUGAGCAUUGUCAUUGUGACGUCAUUCAUCAUCUGCUGGACCCCGUACUAUCUGCUUGGAUUGUGGUAUUGGUUGUUCCCUGAAAAAAUGGAAAAGACAGUUUCGCAUUCACUGACUCAUAUGCUGUUUAUUUUUGGCCUUUUCAAUGCCUGUCUAGAUCCCAUCACCUACGGUCUGUUUACCAUUCAUUUUCACAAGGGUAUGAGGAGAUGCCGUCAAAGUUCAAACGCACGGACUGAAUUAGAAAACAACACUCGCCUUGUACAAAUGAGUCGGCUGUCCUCUCGCAGGCAGAUUGCCUCAGAUGUUCACAGUGCAAGCACAGAGGUGGUAAGAGAAAGCAACAUCAUGAAGCAUGUCUCAAACCCAGACAUGUCAAUCAGCAAGAUAUGAUGGCUUAAAUAAUUCCAUAAAUGAAUGUGUUUCUCUCAAUGAAAUCUUUUUGUGUUAUAAA